AUGGCGGCUCCCAGUCUAGCCGCCCAUCGUGUUUCCCGAUUAUUUCCUCAUGGAUCUCGGGGCAUGGCCAGCACCAGCGGAUUCAAAGCUGACGAGUCUGCUAAACCAGACACGCGAUCGCUCAUCUCUUCUACCAAGGAUCACUCUGCCAUCAGCCAAGCCAUGAAAGACGCGGAGACGAGUGGCACAACCUUGGAGGUUACAGAUCCUAUAGCCGGCAAACAUGACGCAUUUGCGAAAACUGUGGACAUCUCUGGUCGUGAGGAAAACGGAAGGACUUCAACCAACAAGGAUACAAAGAGGGUAUCGGUAGCAAGCGAUGGCCAAGAAGAUGAUGUAUUCCGCAUUGGAAUGUUUCCAAAAAGCACACACCGUGAUGGUUCGAUAUACAGGGCCAAUCAUUCGUGGAAAAGGGAAUAUAAUGUUACAAACCGUAACGAGACUCGGCUACCAGAACCCACAGAUUGUGACAUCCGCAACGGAAAAUGCAUUCGGCAUAUACCUAAUCGCGUGUUACAAAUUUUAUCAUUAAAGUUGAUUAAACUUACUGUGGAUCCUGGCCCAGUAGAGUUGUAUGGAUACAUAGCAGUGCGAGAUUAUAUGGAUACAUUGCUUAAUUAUAUUGUCAAUAUAAGCAGGGAUGAUCCCAUCAUCGUGAAGCAGGGUUCUCUCGUCGCCAUGGCUGGCCCUAAGCGAGGGAUAAAUAUGCUUUCCACUGCUCUAGUGGAAUUUGACAUGAGGAUCAAGGUAGGCAAGGAAGAAAGGCAUGACUGCCAGCUGAUCGAUGGUGUAUCAGACCUAGACGACCUGUGGAGCCCAUGGGAUUGUGCACUCAAAUAUCGCAUCGAUGGUGACUGUGGCACAGUUGAUUUAACCGUAUCACGUAUUGAUCGUGCAGUCAUGGCGAAUGUAGAAGUUGUCGUGUCAGAAGUGCGGAGCAGUUUUGAUCUGUGCUUCCAUUGUUUUAUCGGUGGUUAUGACGAAGAAAUUCGGCUCUUCAAUGGUACAAUUGGCGAGUCGCGUCAUUUAACGAGGUCUGUGGUUGCUGUAGUGGAUGGUUCCACUGUGGAUUUGAAGUUCGAGGUUGCCUCGGAGCCAUCCGAUUCAGCGGAGCACUACUACUCCUUCAAGGCGGGCAUGCAUGGGCUUGAUACUCGAGAGAUGAAGACUGAAUUCGGGUUGAUCUCAGUGAAGGUGACUUGGUCGACUCUGCUCUCCAUCUAG